ACGACGAGUCGGCCGUGUUCGGCAGCCAACGAGCUUAGCCCGGCCAGCUGAUAUCGCGUAAACUCACUUACGACGCUUCGCUCGCUUAAUAAGCCGCGGUCGCUUCUCAGUUGCGCGUCGAGCGAUCGCCCUAAGCGGACCUACACGCACCACGAGUGUACAUACGCUGCGCGUGUGCGCCCAUCACGUAACAUGUGCCGCGACAAUCGUCCCGCGACAUCCGACACCAUGAUUUCGUGACGAAGGGCCCCACCUGCUCCCAAACGGAGUUUUACACCCUAUACCACCCUUUACUCGUCCUCGUUCGGUUCAUCCUUUUUUUUUUUUUUUUUUUCCUCCCCUCGAUCGUUGCGUGCGCGAUAAGUUUCGUCUCUGCCGAUUUUGACCGAAGCAUAUGAGUACAAGCGCGAGGAGGAUAAACACCGAGCAAAGGGUGGCCACCGGAGAAUGUCGAAGAAGCAAUGGCUGGUCCUGCUGAUGCUGUUUCUCCUGUACCUCCUCCUGGGGGCUUCCAUGUUCUACCACAUUGAGAGCCCGCUCGAGGUCAAACACGUUCACGAGGCCCGUCUCAAGCGCAUCGAGAUACACAGUCUCCUCAACGAGCACUACAGAUCGAGCGGAGGUCACGAUCAGCACGAGAUCUUGGAGAAGCUCACAAAGUAUUGCGGCAAAUCCGUGCACAAUUACUCGGAAGGCGAGACCGACCCGCUAAAAUGGGACUUUUACAACAGUUUCUACUUCGCCUACACAGUUGUGAGCACGAUCGGCUACGGCAAUCUGGCCCCGACGAACCCAACCGGUCGCGUGCUCAUGAUAUUCUACGCCCUGAUCGGUAUCCCGAUAAACGGGAUCCUGCUGUCGCAGCUGGGCGAGUUCUUCAGCGAGACCUUCGUCAGCGCCGUGCGACGCUACAAGGCCUACAAGAAGAACCGAAACGAGUACUCAAAGUCGUCGCUCAACUCGCUGGAGAAGCAACGCUUCAGUCUGGCCGUGCAAAUACUCACCUAUCUGAUACCCGGCUUCGUCAUGUUCAUCUUCUUCCCGGCGUUUCUCUUCUCGUACUACGAGCACUGGAGCUACGACGAGGCGGUCUACUACGCCUUCGUUACCCUCACGACCAUCGGUUUCGGAGAUUACGUCGCAGGCCAAGACAACGAGAAGGGCAACGACAUACUCUUCGGCGUGUACAAGAUAUUCCUGAUAGUGUGGAUAUCGUUCGGCUUGGGCUACAUCGUCAUGAUCAUGACGUUCAUCGGCCGCGGAAUGACGAGCAAAAAGGUGGCCAGACUCGAGCACAAGCUCGCCCUCAAGCUCAAGCACACGCAGAGCAAAAUUUGGAACGAGUUCAACGAGGACAUCAAUUAUCUGCGCAGGGUAUUUAACGAGCUACAAUUUUCCAAAGUCAAGAGGGUGUACGUCGACGAGUACGACUACGACACGCCUACGUUGAAGUUCCCAAGGAGCAUCAGUUUUCCCAAUCUCCGGGAACUCGUCUACGGAGGACUGGACGUGCAGAUACCACCACAGCCUCGACGCAGAGCCAACAGCGAAGUCGUACCGAUGCAGGAGGAGUCGCACGUGGCGCGAGUCGUCUCGGAGACGGACCUCCAGCGCAUCGACAAGAACGCCACCUUCGCGACCCACGCCAUGGUCCAGCCGGCCGAGUUGCUGGCCCGACUGGUCAACAUCCUGGGCUACAUACCACCACCCCCGGAUGACGACGAAGCCUUGCCACCUGAUUCGAACAUAGGGGUUGGCUCUGGAGUCACCGGUGGCGGCAUCCAAGGAUUCAGCGAGAAGGAAAUCCUCGCGAGCGAAGCUCCACCUUGGAACUCUGAGAAGGAAACCGCGUGGAAGCUCGGCGGGGAUACCCCAAAGUCGUACAGGUCGCGGGCCCACAGCGAGGUAAGGCUGGACCGGCCCGAGUUGUUCGUCCACCCGAGCGGCAGCGAGUGGACGUGGUCCGAUCCCGCGGCUUCGACCAAAAUCAAGGAGAUCAUGCGAGCCCGCAAGAGCAUGCCCUCCAACGCCAAGGAGGCGGCUAGCAAGACGCGCUUCCUCUCGCGCGCGGGACUCGGACUGCCCAAGAUGAAGCUGCCCCGCUGGAUCAGCGCGAAGAAGCCCGACCAGCUGGUGGAUCCAGAUACCGAUCCCGUGGACGCGGUCCUCGCGGCGGCGAGCAACCAGCCGCCACAGAUGCCGGACGGUCCGAGGCGGCGCAACUCGUACUUUGGCACCCACUUCACGCACACGGGCGCCAGUAGUCUUCUGGAGGAGACCUCGGUGGCCGACUUUUUGCGCGCCCUCACUGCCCUGCACACCCGAGUGGGUGGGGUCCCCGACGACCUGGUGGCGGCAGCGGCGGCCACUCGCAAGACGGCAACCCCCCAGCGCAAACUGGGCACGGCCUCGCUGACGCCGCCCAAACUGCCCAGCCUGGUGGCGCUGUUCUCGCCACCGGGUGCGCCACUCGGUCACAGCCAGAGCCAACAGAACACCGUCACCGGGGUCGUUGGCAAGGUGGCGCAGGCGGGCCGCCGAUUUUCCCUGAGGACCGCCGAGAACUCCAGCAACACCACGCCCCUCUACCAGAGACGGCUCACCCAGGGUGCUCCGCCGAUCCUACCCAGCCGGCCCAGGAGGUUCUCCCUGAGACAGGUCACCUCAUCGGUCACGCCGCAACAGUAUUCCUCGAACCCCGGCCAGCAGCUGGAUGGCGCUUCUAGUCCGCCAGCCUACUCGUCCGGUCACUUUGUCCUCGACAAUCCAAAGGGGCACCUGGCGACGAUGAGGCUCCCCGGCACGGACUCCUUGGCAGUAAUGGGUCCCAGAACCGGUCGUCGUUUCUCCCUAAGACCGGCGCAGAUCGGCGUCCCACCGGCUCCCUCCAACGCCUCGAUCGGACAGCCGGUGAAACCCGUCGCUCCCAGGUGGAGGGCGGGUAUGCUCCAGAGGCAGAUUGUCCAGCAGAACGCCCGGCGCAAGGUCCAGAGGGCCUUCAGCUUGAGCGACGUGCACUCGGACGAGCGCGAGCGCAACAUCGGCAUCAGUCCCCUGGCUCUGCACGACAACGCCCGCACGAUAACGUCGGUGCAGGGCCAACGUCUGGCCACCUCGACGGCGGGCAAGACGGUGACGAUAGUCUCGCCGGGGCUGUCGCGAACGAGGAACAGCGAGCCACGUGGGUCGUCCGAGGCGUUUCAGCAGGGCUCCGGUCGCUUCGGGCGCUACAACAGCGACAUCGAGUCCGUGUCGUCCAAGAGCUCGAGCCAGUCGUCCAGGUCGCUGGACCGCGAGCUGGCCAAGACGAGCGACGCGUCCCUCGUGAGCAGCAGGAAGAGCAGCUUCGGGGCGGGCAACGCGAUGGAGGACGACGAGUGGGACUUUCCGCCGACUAACGAGGAGGGCGACGUGGGGAAGCCGUCGAGCAACGACCGGAUCCUGAAGGCCCUGCUCGGGGAGUCAAGGAGGACCUCUUCGGGGAGCUCCAGGGACGAGGAAGUGGCCUCGGCGACGACGCAGUCGUCCACGGUGUCGACGGAAACGCUGAGCAGUGUACCGUCGUUUAGGCUGGUCGUGUCGCAACACGGGGACCAGGAGGAGAAAAAGUCGGACGAGGUGAGGAUAGACGUGCCCGAAGACUCGUGAACGCAUUCCAAGGGAGGGGGUUUACCAACGUUACCGAUGUCGUUUCGUUUGGUUAAUUUAACGAUGAACGUAUAUACGUUGGCGCGUUUUUUGCUAUAAUGUACGUUGAACUACGAGUAUUAUUCUUUUUUUUUUUUUUUUUUUUUUUUCUGUAUCGGUUUCGGAGCGAGAGGCAAUCUAGUGCAUUUUCGGGAGCUGUUUUCAAAGAGAUGGUUUGUUGAAUUAUUCGAGGAUUCAACAGUAUUAGGGUACAAUUCAUCUCUGUAAAAGCGAAUAAUUGUUGUUUUUUUGUUUAUGAACUGAGAAAAUACAGAGUUUACCGUUGUGAUUUAUUCGAAUAUAAGUAGAUGUAUAUUUUUUCGCGAGCGUGGAUAAGUAUGUAAGUUUUAGUUUUUAAGAGUUUUUUUUGUUUGCAGAGGGUAAGUAUGUAAUGAUUGUUACGAGAUGAUCAUCACUUUUCAAAUACGUAAUUGCAGACAUUUGUUAUAGCAUGCGUAGAUGUAAGGAUCGGUACUGUUAUGUUGGUACACCCAAAGUGCGUUUCAGUCGUGACGCAUUGAAGAGCUUACGUAAUACGUAGAUAUGGUUUCUAUUAUUUAGAUGUACGAUGAAAAGUAAAUAUUAAACAAUCGGACAUUUCCAAGUGUAUACUGAAAUAACGUUGCUGUGAUAGCACUGCGAGCCUUAGUUACUUUAAGCGGUUCUCGGCAGGUACGAGGAUAGUAUUUGAAUUAAAAAAAAAAAAAAUCAAGUCCAGAGUGAUCGGAAAUCAGGGGUGGUUUUUUAAUUGUAAAUAUUGAUGGAAAAUUCGUUGAAUGGAUUUAUUUUUAUACAGUAACGAGACGAGUGAUACGUGAUGGGAUCAAUUUUUUAUUCCUCAAGUGUCUUUGAUUGUUAGUGGAUGAAAGGAAAUUUUAUGACAUAACUUAUUAGUAUUGAUAUCAAAUAAUCGAUGAAUGGCCGGUAUACUAAAUGUAAUUACGUACAGGGUAUGAAACAAGUGACGACAAAUUUGUGGAAAACAAUUUUUUUUUAAAUAAAUCAACUCAACCGCGAUUUGUGAAAGGUUGAUGUUCUUGUAUACAUGCGUGUAAAGUUUCGAGGCAAUAAAUAAUAUUAUUGAUAGAUA